AUGAGUGAACAGGAAAAAGCGUUAGAAGCCAAAAAGGCUGAAAUCCGUGCACGGAUGGAAAAAGAAAUGAGAGAGAAAAGAAAAGCUGAAAAAGCAGCUUCUAAAGAAAAAAAAGGAAAUGUUAGUGAAUUAAUUUCUGACAUGAAAAAGAAAGUUGCCAAUGAGGUUAGAGAAGAAACAGAAAAAGAAUGGAAAGCAAAGGUUGAAGAGAAAGUUGUUGAGAUUAAUAAUUUAAAAAGUGAAAUAAAAAGACAAGAAGAUCAAAAAGCAUCUUUAGAAAAAGAAAACAAUAUACAAAAAAGUACUAUUGAACAAAAUUCUAUUAAUAUCACUGAACUAAAUGAAAAACAAAAAGAGUUACUUGAAAUUAUUGAUAAAAUUAACAAAGAAAAAGAAGUAUUAAAUGGAAAAGUUGAAGAGUUAGAAAAUGAAAAAAAUGAUAUUAAACAAAAAAAUGAAGAACAAGAAUCAAUUAUUAAAACACUUUCAGAGGAAAAAGAAAAAAUAGAAAAAGAAUAUUUAGAGGAACAAAAUAAACGAAAUAAUGAAGAAACAAAUAGAAUUAAAGAAAUAGAAGAAUUAAGAAAACAAAUUGAAGAAUUAAAAAAUAUUCAAAAUCAAUUUAAAGAAAAGGAGGAUAAUUGGGAAAAAGAAAAGAAUGAUCUUAUUAUAAAAUUCGAAGAAGACAAAAAAAUAUUUGAAUCUGAAAAAACAAAACAAAUCAUUGAUGAAAUUCAAAAAGAAGCUGAAGAAGAAUUAGAUAAAAGGAUUGAAGAAAUAGAAAAAGAAGAAGAAAUUAAAAGAGCACAAUUUGAAGCUACCAAAACAGAAGAAAUCAAAACAGAAAUGAUGGAUAUGUGUAUGAAAAUGUUAGAUGAUAUGGAAGAACAAACACGAAAUGAAAUUUAUCAAGAAGUUUUAAAUGAUAUUAUGUCAAAUGGUUUUGGAGAUGUUUCUAAUUUGAAUGAUUCAGAAGAAGUUAAAAGCAGUGAUGAUAGUGAUGAAGAUUUAUCUGAAGAGAGUAAACGUCAAAUAGAAGAAGAGUUAGAACGUGAAUUAGAAAGAGAGCUUGAACAAGAACAACAUAAAAAUGAAGAAAAUACAUCAAUUAAUAAAGAAGAACAAAUUAAUACUGAACAAGAAAAACUAAAAGAGCCAAUUAAAACAAAUGAAAUAAAUGACAAUGAAAGUGUUGAAUCUAGUCAAGUUACCAAGAAAGAAUUAGAUAGUGAUGAAGAACAAAAAGAAUUAGAAAGGCAAAUCCAAUUACAACUAGAAAAAGAAUUACAAGCCGAGAUGGAUAAAGAAAAGGAAGAACCUCAAACAAACGUUCUUUCUCAAGAAAAUUCAACUACUCAACAUGAAGAAAAUUUAAUUGAACAAAAAGAAGAAGAUACAACUGGAAUAACAGAAAUUUCUGUGGAACCAACAAAAGAUCAACAAAUAGGAAUAUCUGACUCAGUCAAUAAUUUAGAAUCAGUUGACUCGUCUAAAGAAAAAUCAAUAUCUUCAGAAUCACCAAAGAAAGAAAGUGAUAAGUCAAUAACUUUAGAAAUAAAUGAUGAAAAUAAAAAACCAACUACAACCCAUAGAAGUAGUCUUAAUAACUUCUCAAAUAUAGAAGAAAAUAAUUUUGAUGAAGAAGUAAAAAAAGAUGACACUGUUCAACAACAUAAAGUAAAUGGAGAAGAUAUUAAGAGAAGAAAAUCCGAUGGUGCCAAUAUUAAAAUUGAAAUGUCAAUGUUAGAAUCAGAAGGUGGUUUAAUUCGAACUGGCAUUAGACCGAAUAGAAAAACUGGAAGGCAAGCUCCUACUAAGAAUUUAAUAGAAUUUAGAAAUUCUUUACCAACAAGUAAUGACGAGUCUACUGUUGUGUUAGAACCUCAUGAAGAAUCAACUGAAGCAAGUAACGAAGAGUCUCCUGUUAAAAAGAGAAUACCAGUUGGUGCAAGGGGUAUCCCAGGAAUGCCAGUGGGAGGUAUUAGAAUGGGAAUUCCAGUUGGGUUUAAUCCUGCUUCUGUUCAAUUAAAAGCCACUGGUGGAAGAAGAAAGUCAUUUUCUCAACAAUUCAAAGAAAAAGUUCAACAACAACCAACAGAACCUCUUGCUAUGGUUCAGCAACAAGCAGAACAAAAAGCAGAACAACAACGUCAUGAACAAGCACAAACAUCAGGAAAUGAAAGACUAAUUAGAAGAAGUGUAAAACAAAAUGUAACAAAAGAAGGACCACCACAUUUACAACCCCCUUCUGAACAACCAUUACCUAAGCAAAACACUUUACCACCUAAACCAGCAGCACCAGCUGCUCUUCCACCAAAACAUCAUCAAAGUCUUAGUCCCAAGACAGGUUCUCAAACACAAUUACAAACAAAACCAUCUGCGCCAAUAGAACAACCACCAACACCACCAAAACCAGCUCAUCUAACAAGUAAGGAAGAAAAGAAGAAAAAGAAAGAAGAAAAGAAAAAAGAAAAAGAGAAGAAAAAAUCUAAAAAAUAA